AUGAAUGCGAGCUUAGAAGUGCGAGGAGGGGAGGCGCGAACGCAACAGAGAGGCGCUCAUGAGCGCCACACGAGCAGCCAGGAGCAUCGAGAAAGUCAAACAAGCUGACAUCUCUGUGUGUCUGUCUGUCUGUGUGUCUGUCUGUCUGUCAGAAGCGCGGCCAAACGAAGAUUGUCAUGGGCGCCCACGUCAUUGCCGCUCUGUCCAUGACAUUCAUUCCCCGAGUCAGACCUGUUCAGACGCCGGCCGGCCAACGAGCACGACCACGCCAUUGGUUCGGCCAUUGGUUCGUGGGCUGGCAGGCGCCCUUGGUUCGGAAGAAGCGGCUGGGAGAUGGGCGCAGCAGCGGUGAGUGCAGUGCAUGAGAGAGAACGAGAGCAGCCCAGCCUCUCUCUCAAUCUGUGUGGAUGUGUGUGUGUGUGUGUGUGCAGCUGCCGAUGGUUGGAGAGACCGCGUGCACAAGGAGUGGGUGACUGAGUGGGCGGCCGCGAUAUACUCAAUUGCACGACCUUCAAGUCAGAUUGCAGUGGGAGUGGGAGCUCAGCAGGUACAUGUGUCCACACACGCACACACACACGUGUGCAUGGUUGGCUAUUACUGUUAUGUUCUGAUUGGCGUGUAGGGGCCGGAGAAGGUGCCCGAGAGUGCCAAAAAGAGACCGGCAUGACACACCAUUGCUCUGGAUAAAUUUCAUGUGGGGUGGGAUUGUGGAUAGUUUGUUGCCUUGUUGAUGGACGGGUGUAUGUGGUCUGCGGGCUGGGUCGUAUCGAUGAUGCCGUCCGUCUGGUUUGAUGUCCAUCCUGGAUAGUGCGCUUCUUAGUUUGCAUUGAGCGGACAUUGUUCAUCGUGUCAACGUCUGCCUGUCUGCCUGAAACAGAUUGAAACACAUCCAGGAAGGGUGAAACAUGCCGCGGGCGAGAAGAGAGAGAUGACAGCAACAUAUACAGCAGGAGGACCGGCAUUACCCUU